AUGUCAGAGGAUCUUGCGUACAAAAUCAUAGUGAUUGGCAAUGUUGGUGUGGGGAAAAGCAACGUGUCGUCGCGGUACUGUGACGGGACAUUUUACGAGGACAUUGUUCCAACCAUCGGCAUGGACUUCAAGUACUGCCAUAGUACAACACUAGAGAAAAAACCACGCACCGUGCGGCUUCAGAUUUGGGACACAUCCGGUCAAGAUCGUUUUGUCACUCUGACAACGGCGUUUUAUCGAAACUGCAACGGUGUCAUGCUUUGCUUCGACAUCACAAAUCGUGUCUCCUUUGAGGAUGUGGAUGAGUGGUACGAUCGCCUGAGGACAAAUUGCCCCAAUAUGCCACCCGUCAUCUUAGUGGGAUGCAAAUUGGAUCUUGUUCAAAGAGAGGAUGUCAAUGAUGUCGGCAUCUCGUUAGGGAGCCAACGGCAAGUGGAGAAGAGUGAGGCCGACGCGUGGGCGAGGAGCCACAACUGUCUGUGUUACUUGGAAACGAGCGCUAAGGAGAAUAGAAACAUCUCAGAGGCGUUUCAGCAGCUAGCAACAUACGUGGCGCAGAGCACGACCCCACCACUGGAAGGGGGUCGCAGUGGAAUCAACGGACGUCAUGGAAGACCGAUAAAUCGUGAGAUCGAGGGGAAAAAAGGCUGCUGCACCGCCUUCUGA